UCGUCCGCCUUCAUUCAGCCAGGAAGUCGCGGUCGGGAGAGGUGCCGGGAGAUGGUAGUGGCGGCGCGUGCGCAGUAACGACGUCGCGGGGAGACGGGACAUGUCGAGCCCCGGCGCUGCCCUACGGGCUGCUGAAGUAGCUGGCUACCUGGCGAGGACAGUGGACUUCUGAAAGCGUAGACUUCAGCCAAGCAGCAUGUCCACAGCUGGCAUCGCAGCUCCGGAGAUGAGAGUCCCCUUGAAGAGCAGCUUCCUCCACAAGGGGCAAGGCAUUGGGAGACUGAAGCCCUGUUGGGGAGGCCAUUUUGAAAACCCUUUCUUUGACAUGGAGCCCGUAGCAAUGGCCUACAAUCUGAACUCGUCCGCACAGCAUCACUUAACGUCCAUCGGCCACAUUUCAGACCCUGAUCCAGCACAGAACGGCGGCAGCGACAAGCCCAGCCCCAACGGCGAGAGGCCAGAGGAUCGCAGCCUGGUCCCCGCCUUCGGCAGACUCUCCCUCGCCGGCUCCGACGAGGCAGCUCCCCCCACCCCCAUCAAGGGCGGGCCGGCGUUCUCCUUCCCCCCGCCGCCUCCGGGUGCCGAGCGAAGCACCCGCCCUCUGCCCCCGCUGCCCAUCCCGGAGGAUUUCGUGCACGACGAUGUGGACCGGGAGGUGGAGUUCCUCACCAGCUCCGACACAGACUUUUUGCUGGAGGAGUGCAGUAGCCCUGCCUUCAAGCCCGCCGCGUACUGCAGGCGGAGCUUCCGGGGCUGCGGGCAAAUCAACUAUGCUUACUUUGACGCCCCGGCGGGAUCAAAGGCGGAAGAGCCUCCCUCCGCUAAGCAGAGCGGGUGUCCGGCCAGUGUCUGUGCUGCUGCUGUUGUUGCUCCUCCUCCUCCUCCUCCUCCGGCUCCUGCAGCGCAUCAGCUCCACCGCCGGUUGCGCCGCUCACAUUCCGGGCCGGCCGGGUCCUUCCACAAACCGGUGGUGAGGGUCUCCAGCCACUUCCGCCGGGCGUCUCCCAGCUCGGACGACGACAAGCCCGAGGUCCCUCCCAGGGUGCCCAUCCCGCCCAGGGUGCUGAAGCCUGACUACCGGAGGUGGUCGGCCGAAGUAGCUUCGAGCGCCUACAGCGACGAGGACAAGCCGCCCAAGGUCCCCCCGAGGGAGCCUCUAUCCUGCAGCAACUCCCGCACGCCCAGCCCGAAGAGCCUGCCCUCCUACCUCAACGGCAUCAUGCCGCCCACCCAGAGCUUUGCCCCGGACCCCAAGUACGUCAGCAGCAAAGCUCUGCAGCGGCAGCACAGCGAGGGCUCGGGCAGCCGGGUGCCCUGCAUCCUGCCCAUCAUCGAGAACGGCAAGAAGGUCAGCUCCACACACUACUACCUGCUGCCCGAAAGGCCCCCCUACCUGGACAGGUACGAGAAGUUCUUCCGGGAAGCGGAAGAGGGCAGCAGCCUGAGCGCGGAAGGGCAGCUGCCGCCAUCCCUGUGGCACGAGGCUCCGGAAGGGGAGGCAGCCAGCCUGGCCGGAAUGCUGAACGUUCCGGUCAAGCGCAAGCAUUUGCCCUGCAUGGUGUCUCCGUAGGGAAGAGGGAGCCUCGCGAGGAAGGAGGCGUCGGGGAGCUGGCCACAGGCCUUUUGAGGAUGAAGAGGAGGGGCAGAAGCCCAGCCUUCCGGAGAGGAGCAGGGAGAGGCCCCCUCUGUCUGGUGCUGCAGCCGCUGCCUGCGUUGGGCUCGGCUGCCUGGCCCUGGCGGUUCUGGCCCGGGAGAGGACUUGGAGGAGGACUCGAGCGUUAUAUAGCCAGCAUUGGCCAGUUGUCAUUCAAUAUCCUUAGAGCAAACUUGUAUAAGUAGGGAAAGAAUUGCACUCUUGCUAACAGGACAAGCUGCUUCGGCUGGAAG